GUGGCAGCACUUGCCAGUCGCUACCCGGGUCAUGUAUAUUGAUUAUCGUAGGUGGAGGUAAGGUCGGCGGGAGAAUCAAUAUUACUUUUCACCGGCGAGCUCGCCAUUUUCGUCGUGAUAUUUUUCGUGUACGAACGGCGCACGAAUUACGUGGGUUCGCCCGACAGUGGAUAAAGUUUUACGAUGCUUCGUUAAUAAAAAACAUCGGCCCAGUGCAACUACAGGCUACGAUGUAGCUAAAAUCGAGUGCAAACGAUCAUUUUUUUCGCUUACGCCAACGUUUCUUUUCGUCGCUUCUACCGCAGUGUCUAUAUUUCAAUUUCUACGUGCUCGAAUGUAUCAGCGAUUCGCCAACAUCCGCAACGAACUAGCCUCGACGUAAGCAACCUCUUGAAGAUAAAUUCAGGACUUGGAUCGUUGAUAAGAAAUAAGGGCGGACCAACAAUUCGCUAUAUGCUAACCAAAUUAUCGGAUGUAUCAUCAGUUGAUCGGAGUCAUUAAGAACAGAACGGAUGUAGCGUUCGCUGAUGUGAUUUGCCCGAGGAAGAAGAUUCAAGAGGAAAAACCAAUAGUUAAGGGAUAUUUUUCCAAGGAAAUUCAACGUCCUUUAUUUCUACGUUGAGCGGUACCAAAGGUUUUGGUGACCCCAGAUAAGGAGAUCGUCAGUUUUGGUUGUCAUCCGGAAGGAUCCAUUACUACGUACGGUCUUCUAUGCGGCAAGAAUCCCAAAACGGUCUGAAGUUCAGGCCACCGGGUGACCACGGUGGUGUGCAUCACGGUGGGGUCAUGCUCGAGGACGACAUGGCUGGCGCUCAGGAUACGAUAUAUCUGUGCAAUUUCCGGGUAUCGGUAGACGGCGAGUGGCUGUGCCUGAAAGAGCUUCAGGAUGUCGAGUUCUCGUUGCAAGACUCGAUGCAGCGGUCGCCGUCGCCGCCGCUAGCUCUCAAUGGUAUAAAUCAUCCUCAUCAUCACCAUCAUCACCACCGUCAGCAACAACUUCCCGAUCAACGAGAGCUUCGCGAUAUAACUCUGCCAACUCCACCGCCAUUGCAGCACGUCUCCAGCUUGUCACGGGACCCAGUCAUCAUCGAAAGGAGUAAUCUCGUUAAUAUUUCAAAGCUGAUCGUGAAGGAGUUGAUCGAAACGUCUUUGAAAUAUGGUCGAAUGCUGGAUUCCGAUCACAUGCCGUUGCAACAUUUUUUUAUCGUCCUCGAACACGUGCUUAGGCACGGUCUGCGACCAAAGAAGGGUCUCCUUGGACCCAAGAAGGAGCUCUGGGAUAUUCUUCAGCUCGUUGAAAAAUAUUGUUCCGAAGCGCAGGACAUUACGUCCAGCAUUCGUGACCUACCUACCGUUAGGACCGCCAUGGGUAGAGCACGAGCAUGGUUGCGUAUGGCACUGAUGCAAAAAAAGCUUGCGGAUUACUUGAAAGUUCUGAUCGAUCACAAGGAAGACAUACUGUCCGAGUAUUUCGAGCCCGACGCUCUAAUGAUGAGCGAGGAAGCAAUUGUUAUAAUGGGUUUGUUGGUGGGUCUGAACGUGAUCGACUGCAACUUUUGCGUGAAGGAAGAAGACCUCGAUUGCCAACAGGGCGUAAUCGACUUUUCGCUGUACUUGCGUAACAGCAAUCAUAUACCUGGUGAAUCCCCGGACGACGAGGUGGAGAACGACAACAUGACCACUGUUCUCGAUCAGAAGAACUACAUCGAGGAAUUGAAUCGACAUCUAAACGCGACCGUGACAAAUCUUCAAGCCAAAGUGGAAUCCUUGACAACGACGAACGCGCUCAUGAAGGAGGAUCUAUCGAUCGCUAAGAAUAACAUACUGUCGCUGCACGAGGAGAACAGACAGUUAAAGAAAGAACUGGGAAUCGAGAUCAAAGACACGAACGAGAACGGGAAACCGCCUAUUAAAAUCACUGAAACAACAGCGGAGAUCGAGGAGUUGAGGAGUAGAGUGGAGAGCGAAAAGAAAAUGCGUCAGGACGUAGAGAAGGAGUUAGAGCUACAGAUCAGUAUGAAAUCCGAGAUGGAAGUGGCUAUGAAACUGCUGGAGAAAGAUAUCCACGAGAAACAAGACACGAUCAUAUCGUUGCGGCGGCAGCUCGAUGAGAUCAAAUUAAUUAAUUUGGAAAUGUACAAAAAACUACAGGAGUGUGAAGGCUCACUUAAGCAUAAGACAGAACUGAUCACUAAAUUGGAGGCUAAGACGCUAUCGAUGACUGAGGCCAUCCAAAAAUUGGAUGAAAAGUGCAAGGAAAUGGACGGCGUGAAAUCCGGGGCGGAAGAGAGGGUGAGGAUUUUGGGGGCUGAAGCAGCAGCGAGGGAGGCGAGGACGAUCGGGGUUGAGAGAGAAUUGCGAGUCGAACGUGAAUGGAGGACCUCCUUGCAGGAAGCAUCGAUUUCCAACGUAGAGAAGAUCUCUCAAUUACACCAGGAGAUUGAUCAGUUGCGGCGGGUGUCCGAGAAAUACAUGGCGCUGCAGGAGGAGCACUACGCGCUGAAGGAUAUCUGUACAGAGCAGGAACGAACUCUGGAGGAACUUGGGGGACAAUUGAGCACGGCCAAAUUGGCGGCCGUCGAAUUACGGGAGGCCGCUGACAACGCUCAACAGCAGCACCAGAAGCAAGAGGGUGCGACGACCUGGGCGAACGAUCGCCUGGUCACCCAUUGCAAGGGCUGCAACCGUGAGUUCAACAUCACUCGUCGUAAGCACCAUUGUCGUAAUUGCGGUAAAAUCUUCUGCAGCAAUUGCAGCGGCAACGUCAUACUCCUGCCGAACGCGUCGAGGCCCGUACGCGCUUGCGACGAGUGUUACGUGCUCGAAUUCGGCCGAAUCUAACGCCUGGUCGCGCCUCGAUCAGCCAGAUAGCGUGAAACGUGUUCGUCCUGGAUGGAAAGUUCGCCGAAAUGACGAGAAGAAAAGCAGAAGAAAAGAUCUGACUGUCCCUCGUUUUCUUUCUUACAACUAGACGCCCGCGACGUAUUCUCGAACGAUCGUUCCCUCGGACGGACUUUAUUCGACGCCGUUCAUUUUCAAUUCGACUCACGGCGGUCGUCUGCAAAAAGGGAUCGACGCGGACGUUGCAUCGUUUCGCGUCGAAUUCCUUUCAUCGCAAUAUCAUCGCGACGUUUUGUACGAUUUACUUGACGUUCCGCGUAAAACACGGUUUGCCCGAUUUCUAUCCGUGAAAGGCGUCCUUUGCGAAGAAGGAAUCUUCGCGAUUCGAUGGAUCGAUCCAAUGUUGAAAGCAAUCCACUUUGUCCGUUCCCGAGCACAAUCUUUAUGAUUUGUUUUUUCCUCCAUCGCGAAUUUCGCGAGCAUGAUCUGAACCGAUCGAGGGACACGACGUUGUUAAGUUUCGUAGAUUUAGAUUAUUUUCGCCGUUUGUUUACUUCGGCAAUUUUUAACGAGAAAUUUUUACCGAGUCGCGUA